UGCAGCGAUAAGCCGGAGCUGAUACCCAAGACGCCGUCGCAGAAAAAGCGGCAGCGGAGAAAGCGAUCCUCCGCCGUGAUGGACGGGAGCCAGGAGCUGGAUAGGAAGAGGUUGUCUAGAAGGAGGAACAGCAGUCAGAAACAGGUAACUUCCACACGAUAUUCUCAACGACUCCAAAAUAAAGAAAACCUGGAACUAGUCAGGGCUGAGGUCACACAAGUCUCUCCACCUCAACGUGUGACAAGAUCCCAGGCUGCAACACUUGCUAAAAGCUCAGCCCUCAUUCCUGAGAUUUCUCCUGUCCAGCAAGUAGUAAGGAAGGUUCCUGUAGUAGAAGUCAGCGUCAGUGAUCGUGUUAGUGCUGAGCUGCAUCUCCAGAAAAGUGCAGCAGAACCAGCAGAGCUGCUCUCCAGAACCAUCAUCUUGAGCCCAGACAAUGAUUCUCCCAAGGAAAGCAGGGUUGCCAAGUCGCCGCCUGUGCCUGCAGCCUCUGUGCUGGUGGUCCCACAAACUCCUGAGGCAAAUGACGCAGGAGAAAGCGAAGCUGCAUCUAAGCUGAAGCCAGCAAAGGCAGCUAAUCUCCCAGUCAUCUCGAGUGAAGAGCUGGAGGAGGUAGAUGACUCUGCUCAGGUGCAAGAGGGGUCUGAUAAGGAGCCUUCACAAUGCUUAAGGGAUAACCCAGGGACUCCGACACGCUCCCGGCUAAGCCGUCGCUCAGUACGCAGAAGUCUGAUGGGUAAAACUUCCAUGACUCGCAGAACCUCCUUGGCAGAGAAAUACUCACUAGCCAGCAAGAGGGAAAGCAUGAUCCGGAAAUCUGUCACCAGGACCGUGAUCAAGAGGAAGGCAGCUCAAAAGUCAUCUGUGUCCUCCAGUUCUGUCUCCAGCUCUGGAGAGGUGACAGAGGAUGAAGAAACAGUUGUGAAAACUGGGCCUCCUCCUGAACCUUGUACCCCCACCAAACUGAAUCCCCAAAGUCCACAAAUGUCACUUCGCUCUCGAACUGUCAGCAGAAACGAACGGCCGGAGGAGAUGAGGAACGAUGAAAACAACUCAACUAAGAAUGGGGAGACCCAGGAACCACCCCAGAGUGCCAGGAGAAAGACAAGUUACAAAAGAGCUGUGGAUGAACGCUAUGACAACCAGCAAGCACAGGAUGGAGGGCUUUCUCCUCUGAAAAGAAAGACUCCAUCUCCUGCCUUUCCAGCCAGCAAAGUCGUACGUCCUUUCAAAACGUUUUUGCACACUGUGCAGAAGAACCAGCUCCUCAUGACUCCAAGCUCUGUGGGGAGAAAUGGAGUAAAAAAAUCUUUUAUCAGGUACAACAUGCCUCUACAAUUUGACCCCAAGGAAAAGGAGAGACAGAAGCUGGAGACUCUGAGGAAAAAGCAAGAAGCUGAGCAGCUGAGAAAACACAAAAUGGAAGAAGAAAAGAAACAGCGACUAAAAGAGACAAAGCUGAAGCGCGAGGAGCGCCUGCGCAAAGUGCUGCAAGCUCGGGAACGGGCAGAGCAGGCAGAGGAACAGAAGAAAAGGCUCAUUGAGCAGAAGAUAGCUCUGUCUGAUGAGAAGACUGAGAAGGUGCGGGAAGAAAGGUUGGCAGAAGAGAAGAUAAAAAAGAAAGCAGCUGCCAAGAAAAUGGAAGAAGCAGAGGCCCGGCGCAAGCAUGAUGAAGAGGCCAGAAAACAAAAAGCACUGCAACAGGAGGAGGAGGAUCGUCGGCACAAAGAGCUAAUGCAGAAGAGGAAGGAAGAGGAGCAAGAACGUACCAGGAAGCUUGCUGAGCAGAGAGAGAAAAAACUGGCUGCAGAGAGGGAGCUGGAGAGGAAGAAGGAACAGGAGAGGAUCCAGGCAGAAAAGCUACGUGAACAGCAAGAGAAGGCUGCUCGCUUGCAGAAGGAAGCAGUGGCUGCUAAAGAGGAGCUCCACAAGGAGAUGGAGAAGGAAGAACAGGAGGAGCAGAGGCUAGCAGAGGUGAAGAGGCAGGAGCAAGAACAGAAGAAAAUGCCAGAGGAACAAAAGGCUAACGAUAUAGCCCAAACACAGCACCUAGAAAACAAAGAGAAUUCACCUGCCUGUAAUUCGUACCAGAUGACUCCGCAGUCCCGGAAAGAGCCAAAGCUCACCACAACAAAUCCAAACAACUAUGGGCUGGAUCUAAACAGCGAUGACUCUACUGAUGACGAAAGCCAGCCCCGCAAGCCCAUUCCAGCCUGGGCCACUGGGAAUCAGCUUAGCCAAGCUGUAAUCCGCCAGUACUACAACCCUCCCAACAUUGACGUGAUCUUUGGGGUGAUCGCACCUCCCAAACUGGAGGACAUCUUUUACAAAAGCAAACCGCGCUACUUCAAGCGCACAAGCUCCGCUGUGUGGAACUCUCCACCGUUUCCAGGUGCCAAACCGGCUCUGGGUCGGCCGUACAACCUGAAACCGUUCUGA